GUGCAAAUGCUGGCGCCUCGGCAGAGCUUGGCCCGUGGGACCCGGGGAGACCACGGGAAGCCGGAGGCCUCGGACUCCACCUGGCAGCCGUGCAGCCACCGCACGGAGGGGGCGGAUCGGGGGCCUCCAGGCGAAGAUAAGGGACUGGAGCCUUGGCCGGGAAUGGGGGGAGGCCCUGCUGGGAGUGGGGCGUCCAGCAGAGACGAGGGGCUCCGGGCAUUAUGUGAGCAUAGUGAGGUCUGAGCGUCGGGAUUCGGCUCCACUUCCGGGGGUCCACGCAGGCCUGAGUGUGCGUCCGGACACUCAUGAGCACGCAGGCCCUGCCUCCAGCCGCAGAGCCCCUGCCAGGCCUGGCCCCGCCACCCCGCCUCUUGGAUUAGGGGAGCCUCGGUCCCUGGUGUGCACACCGGGCGAGUGCAAACGAGUGCAGACAAGCGAAUCCAGGCGGUUUUCUAAAGGUCCUCUCUCUGGACCUGUUUCCCCACCUGUAGCAUGGGGAUGCAGGGCCCAGGGAGUGGGUAAGUUGGGGGGCCCCGGAAUGUGGAGCCUCUGCUCUCUUUUCCGCACCUCCCGGGCUCUCGGUGGUGGUGGUGGAGGAGGAGGUGGUGGAGGAGGAAUGCCCCUACCCUCUAACCCUCUGCCCGGCAGGCAGAGUCCUGCGUGGUGGUCGGUGACUUUCUUAGAGCCAUCUAAGCAACUGCCCACUUUCAAGUGGCCAGUGCCUGCUUCUGUCUUUAGUGGGGACCUGCCCUCUGGAAAAGCACCCCCACCCCAACCUCUAAGAAGGACUGAGCCUGCAGAGCUGAUACUGGGAAUGUGUGUUUGCUGAGCCCUGUCUCCCUGAGACUGGGGACUCCUGGAGGUUGGUCAUCAGCGGGCAAACAGCAGCCUUUCCAUUGGCAGCCGCACUGCCCUCCUGCCACCCACUGUUGGCCCCGGGGCUAAGGUCUUCCCAACCUCCCACCGACCUGCUUAUGCCCUGAGCACCUACUGCGGGCCCUGCGCUGAGUCAGCCAGGACUCCUGUUCAUCUGUUCCUGUCUCCUCUGCAGAGAUCAGACCCUUUGCCCGUGGGAAGGUGGGGUCAGCAGCCCCUGGUCCCCCGCCGAGCAUGGUGACAGCUGGAAGGACCGCCAGCCUCGGGCGCCUGUGGCCUACCGCGUGAGAGAGUGAGCGGCAGGCCCGGCCCAGCCCUCCGGAUCGAGGGGGCUUCGCGACGACUGAAUGACCAGAGCACUCACUGGCGACCCCUCCCACCAGUGGACGAAUGAUGGGCGGAGCCACGAGUGACCCUUCUGAGGGUCAUGGAAUAACGACAGGAAACAAGGCAUGAGCGUCCCCUAGAGUCACCUGUAACUUCCUGCUGGAAAUAGAGGUCCGAGCACCUCAAGCCAACCCCGUGGACCCUCCUGGCCCCCACCCAGCGGAUGGGGCCGCUGGGGCCCCGAGCGGCCACCUGACCUUACAGACCCUCCCGCCCACCAUGGCCGGCGCCGAGGGCUUCCAGUAUCGGGCCCUGUACCCGUUCCGCCGGGAGCGGCCGGAGGACCUGGAACUGCUGCCCGGUGACGUGCUGGUGGUAAGCCGGGCGGCCCUGCAGGGGCUGGGUGUGGCCGAGGGCAGCGAGCGCUGCCCGCAGAGCGUGGGCUGGAUACCCGGCCUCAAUGAGCGAACCCGGCAGCGCGGCGACUUCCCUGGGACCUACGUGGAGUUCCUGGGGCCCGUGACCCUGGCCCGGCCCGGCCCGCGCCCCCGCGGCCCCCGCCCGCUGCCUGCCCGGCCCCAAGAGGGGCCCCCGGAGCCAGGCCUCACACUCCCUGACCUGCCUGAGCAGUUCUCCCCACCCGAUGUGGCUCCCCCACUGCUGGUGAAGCUGGUGGAGGCCGUCGAGCGGACAGGGCUAGACAGCGAAUCCCUGUACAGGCCCGAGCCGCCGGCCCCGAGCACAGACUGGUCCCUGAGCGACCUAGAGCAGUGGGACCCGGCAGCCCUGGCCGAUGGCAUCAAGGGCUUCCUCCUGGCACUGCCUGCGCCCCUCGUGCCGCCGGAAGCGGCUGCGGAGGCCCGCCGGGCCCUGCGAGAGGCCACGGGGCCCGUGGGGCCAACCCUUGAGCCCCCGACGCUGCCGCUGCAUCACGCGCUCACGCUGCGCUUCCUGCUCCAGCACCUGAGCCGGGCGGCCCGGCGCGCCCCGGCCCCGGGUCCCGCUGUGCGAGCCCUGGGCGCCGCGUUCGGGCCUCUGCUGCUGCGGGUGCCUCCCCCGCCGCCGCCGCCAGGGGGCGCACCUGUCGGGACUGAGCCCAACCCCGACUUCCCAGCCCUGCUGGUGGAGAAGUUGCUUCAGGAGCACCUGGAGGAGCAGGAGGUCGCACCCCCAGCUCUGCCACCCAAACCGCCCAAAGUAAAGCCCGCCCCCGCAGGGCUGGCCAAUGGGGGCAGCCAGCCCUCCCUGCAGGACGCUGAGUGGUACUGGGGUGACAUCUCCAGGGAGGAGGUGAAUGACAAACUCCGGGACACCCCUGACGGCACCUUCCUGGUCCGAGACGCCUCCAGCAAGAUUCAGGGAGAGUAUACCCUGACCUUGAGGAAAGGCGGAAACAACAAGCUGAUUAAGGUCUUCCACCGCGACGGGCAUUACGGCUUCUCGGAGCCACUCACCUUCUGCUCCGUCGUGGACCUCAUCACCCACUACCGCCACGAGUCCCUGGCCCAGUACAAUGCCAAACUGGACACACGGCUCCUGUACCCCGUGUCCAAGUACCAGCAGGACCAGAUUGUCAAAGAAGACAGCGUGGAGGCAGUGGGUGCGCAGCUCAAAGUCUACCACCAGCAGUACCAGGACAAGAGCCGCGAGUAUGACCAGCUCUACGAGGAGUACACGCGCACCUCCCAGGAGCUGCAGAUGAAGCGCACCGCCAUCGAGGCCUUCAACGAAACCAUCAAGAUCUUCGAGGAGCAGGGCCAGACCCAAGAGAAGUGCAGCAAGGAGUACCUGGAGCGCUUCCGGCGUGAGGGCAACGAAAAGGAGAUGCAGAGGAUCCUGCUGAACUCAGAACGGCUCAAGUCCCGCAUCGCCGAGAUCCACGAGAGCCGCACGAAGCUGGAGCAGGAGCUGCGGACACAGGCCUUGGACAACCGGGAGAUCGAUAAGCGCAUGAACAGCCUGAAGCCAGACCUCAUGCAGCUGCGCAAGAUCCGAGACCAGUACCUGGUAUGGCUCACCCAGAAAGGCGCCCGGCAGAAGAAAAUCAACGAGUGGCUGGGAAUCAAAAAUGAGACUGAAGACCAGUACGCGCUGAUGGAGGACGAGGAGGACCUCCCCCACCACGAGGAACGAACCUGGUAUGUGGGCAAGAUCAACCGCACGCAGGCUGAGGAGAUGCUGAGCGGCAAGCGGGACGGGACCUUCCUCAUCCGGGAGAGCAGCCAGCGGGGCUGCUACGCCUGCUCUGUGGUGGUGGACGGCGACACCAAGCACUGUGUCAUCUACCGCACGGCCACCGGCCUGGGCUUCGCGGAGCCCUACAACCUGUACGGGUCCCUGAAGGAGCUGGUGCUGCACUACCAGCACACCUCCCUCGUGCAACACAACGACGCCCUCACCGUCACCCUGGCUCACCCCGUGCGGGCCCCGGGCCCCGGGCCGCCCCCCGCCGCCCGCUGACUCACACAGAGCAGGACUCCAUCUGUCUGUCUGUCUGUCCCUCUUCUUUGUGAAUCUUUCUCUGUCUCUGUCUCUGUCUCUCGCUUUCUCUGAGCCUCUCUCUUCCUGUCACUCUUUCUAUCCCCAUCUCUGUCCUCUGUCUCUCUCAGUCUCUGUUUGAGGAGCUUACCUCCUCCGCCCUCUGUCGCCUUCCCCCAUGGGCACUGCCCGCCCCUGGCUCUGGCUGCUCCCCCUGCCUGGACCUGCCAUGUUUACAAAGGCCCCAGCCUGGUGCCCUGAUUUUUAAGCCAUAGACCCGGGGCCGGGCAGGAGGACGGCAGGAAGGAACUUCGCUGGGCCUCUUCCAAGAACCUCCGCUGUGACACUGAGGGCCGGGCGGGUCCCGACGCCCCACAGACACAACUUCCCCCUCCAAACCCUGAAGUGAAACCCGCACCGGUUUCCCCCCUGUGGAGCUGCUGCCCAGAAGCCCUCCUCCCCCAGAAGCAAAUGAUUAAAAAUAACCUCAAGCGCUGGGCCCCGCCUAACCCCGGGCUUCCCGGGAACGGAACCGAGGCCACCGCUGCAGCCUGGGCCGGCGACACGCACGGCCGCCCACAGCCCCUCCGCUCCACGCCGCCUCAAGGCUCCUCCUCGAUCAUGCUGGUUCUGAUUUUGUUCCCUUGACUGUAAACCCAUGUCCUCCUCUUUUGGGACAAGAACCCCGGUUUUCUAUGCUGCCAUGGACACCCCCGCGCCCCCCUGCCUGCCCAGCGAGGCUGGCAGGCGGGUUUUGUAUGGUACGCUGACACUGAUGUGGAUAUAAAACAUGGAGCUC